AUGUAAAUAUUACCACCUUCAGAAAGAGUUCUUCACUUUUGUGAAAGCAAAAACUGGUUUAAUUCAAGACAUGCUAGUAAGACAAAAGAGAAAUAUUUAAAAACAGAGAAAGAAUUGUUUGAUGAUGUAAUUGUAACAGAAACUUUCCAUUUAAUUGAUAGAGAUCAUUCAAGUAAGAUAUAAAUUUUAAUUAAAUACAAAGAUUCAAUUGAGUUAGAUGAAUUAUAUUCAAUGUUAAAGAAAAAUAAUUAUCCUGUUAAUAUGAGAUUACUUAAAGCAUUUUUUGAAAAAACAGAUAGAGAUGGGAAUAGUAAGUUAUUGUGAUAAAUUCAGAAUGUAUUGAUUUAGAUGAGUUUAAACAAGUAAUCAAAGAUGAAUCGACUUCUUAAAGUAAUUAUAUAAAAUAAAACUAAUUAGCUUUUCGACUAAUGAUGAGAAAGAUGAGAGAAACAGGCCAAGACAAUUAUUAUUCCACUGAUUUUGUUAAUUUGUUAAGAUAUCUUUGUUAUUGUUCAAAUAGAACAGAUCUUAUAUUUCAAAUCAAAGUAUUAUUUAAUUAUUAUUAAUUCCAUAAGAAUACACGAUUAUCAUUUGAAACUAGAUCUAAAUUAGUUACUGAUUUAUUUAAAGUUAAUUAAUAAUUUACUAAAUCCCAAUAACCUACUGAAGAUUAGUUAAUUACACUAAGACCUUUUAUGAAAAAAAAGACUUAAAUUGAAUUCAAAUAUCUUACUCCUAUUUAAAGAAGAUCCAAUUUGAUAUCAAAUCAUUCUACUGCUACUACUAAUCAUAAUUCUAUGAUUUCUUUACAAACCAUUAAUUUAUAAUAAUAAUAAUAAUAAUUUACACCCAGACCAUCUCCUAGAGGAUAUUUAAUAAAAAAGAAAUAACAUAAUUCUAUUGUAUCUCCUUUACAUUCCACUAAAUCAAUACUCCAAACAACUUAAACAACUUUAAAGAAGAAUAAUAAUAAAUUUUGA